AUGUCUGACUCGGAGUCCGUUUCCGGGUCCUCCUCGGGGGGUGGUGAGGUCCCGUCUCGACGUUCAUCUGUGCAGCUUCAAGAUGAGAGGCAAGUUGAGGAUAUCGACAGUACUGAGAACUCAAAGAUACAGACGGAAGAGAUAUGUGAAAACAUGAGAAAUGAACCCCCGACUCUCAAGCUUACCCAACCGACGGAAGCUGACACCAAGACUGAAGUCUUACACCUUGUAUGGCAAGAGUCGCCGUCAGACAGUGAUACAAGUGCUCAGGCUGCUGAAGCACGACUUAUAGAUUUCAUUGUUAUACCUGGAGUGUAUGCAAAUUGGACUGACAAAGACUUUGGGCCAAGCCCUGGAUCUGGAAGCUCAGCUUGGGUCACUAAAUUCGCCGAGGAAGGCCGGGAGAAGCUCAAAAACGCUCACAGUAGCUGCCGCGUGUUUCGAUUCGACUAUGACUCUUCCGAAAUCUUCUCUGGUCAUAGGUCUCGAGAGGCAAUCCAUCGGGUUGCCUUAAGAUUGCUCAAUGGGCUACGCUCAAAGCGUUACGGCGAGAUCAAGAAACGUCUUAUAUACUUUAUCAGUCAUGAUAUCGGAGGUACUAUCGUUAAAGAUGCUCUCAUUACAGCUUCCCUUGAUAGGAGCUCAUGGCAAGACAUAUCAGAGAUGACACGAGCCUUGGUCUUCAACGGCUGUCCACACCGCCAGAGAGACACAGUCGACCUGGAAACGAGGCUAGCUAGCUUUCUCUAUAGCAACUACUCUCAGGACUCCGAAAAGCCACGACCUUCAUUGGCACCAAUAUCAGGGCUCACCAAAGCUAUUACCCAAGUGAAUGGGCUCUUCGUAACUUCACAUAUCGCGCUGCGCAGCUGGAUAAUAAAUUUGCACUCUCACGGACUAAACAGCAAUGGGAGUUUCGACGCUUACUGCGCGACGCUGGGCAUACCGUUGGAGAAAAGAUUGACAGCACCAACCGGAACGGACUAUUCUCCUCUUACUCAGUAUCUUGCCAAGAUAGAACCAGAUGUGCGGGACCCGAAAGAGUCCAUCGGAGCACGGCAAUAUUCCCAAGAGAGAAAGCUUCUUGCUCUGGCGUCUCCAGUCUAUCCACUUCGAAACAAAGUUGAAUCCAACCCCUUGGCCGAUCUUCCAGCUUAUCAAUCCUGGCUGAACAGUCCUUGUCCUCAAAUACUCUAUCUCCACGGUAGCCACCGGGUUAGGGAUAUGGCCGAAAGCGUGUUUUAUGAACUUGAGGAUGAAGCCACAAGAGUGAAACGACGUGCGAACGUUCUCUACUUCUCUUUCGAUAGGUUCGACGUGCGCGCGGAUAGUAUUCGGGACAUGAUAGCUACUUUCUUGGCGCAAAUUUGUAACCAUCACCCGAAACUCGGACCCGCUAUAAAUCGACUGUGCAGCCAGAUCGAGAAUGAAAAGGGAUGGACUGAGACAGACCUGAUUCAGUUCUUUGAGAUGUUUAGAAUUUCAGCGGAAGUCGAGCAGACAAUGAUUAUUAUCAAUCACUUCGACGAGUGCACUAAGAACUCACGGAAGAGGUUUCUUGAUCAUAUCACUGACAAGUAUUACAAUGAUGAGACUCCCUGGAAGAUUGUGGUUACAAGCCACGAGCCAAGUGCUUUGAGCGAAGAACUAUCUGGUCCCUUCUGUGUGCCUAUUGAUAUAUCUUCCGAGGAGCUAGGGAAUAUCGCUGUGGAUAGUUUCGAGGCCGACAUCCAAGCACUGAUAGGCUCAAGGGGGGAUCUGAGUCUCAGAGACGAGCAGAUCCGUGAGGAGCUGAGGUUUAUGGAAAAGCUUAGUCCUCCAGUGCGCCAUAUCCUGCUUGAACAGCUGAGAGUUCGCGAAGAAUGGCCCGAAGAUAUAUCGACUGAUGAUAUUCUUGGCUUAUUGAGCCUCUCAGAACAUGUGGCGGAUGGCGACAAGCCUACAUUAUCUGUCCUGAAUGCAGUGCUCAAGCAAUACACCGACCGGAAGUCCCUCGAGUGUCUUUUCUCUUGGCUCCUAUAUGCCGUCAGACCACUCACAAUCUGGGAACUUGCCACUAUUACUUCUUUCUCAGACGAAAAGGAAUGUACUAAAGUGUCUCCCAGUUUCAUGGCUGUCGGCCGGCUUGUUGAAAAGAUUGAGAAGGACUUUGCUGGUAUUCUUGAGGUGAAUCACAACGAGGUCAGGUUUAAAUACCCAUGCUUCCACGAAAUCAUGGUCAAUGAUGAUGCUUCAGCACAGAACGCCGAAGAUAAGGAUUAUCUAUGGAACAAGAUCAAAGGCAAAGCUCAUCAUCUCAUCCAAAGCAUGUGUCUGGACUACCUAUCCAGAUAUGCUGUUCAGGAGUAUGUCAGAGAGACCUUUGCAGUUGCAGACUCAGCAACCUUCGAGACACCACCCUUCCCAGACCGCACAAACCUUGCUUCAUAUGCUAUACAGGCUUGGGCACAUCACUAUUCUCUCACCUCCCCUCUUCCAGACAUAUCCACCUUGUCAUCGAAAAAGGACCUGGUUCAGACCCUCGCCAAAGCUCAGUGGUGUUUAUCUAACCCUGCCACCAGACGCUCUCCCUGCUUCCAAUCUCUGUUCCCAAUCUUUGCUGGACUUGGCCUCCCUAAUGUGGUGGAGCCUCUAGGUAGUGAUGACGCGUUGCGAGGUCUUAUCGAAGCAGCAAGCAAAGGACAGAAACAAGUGGUCGAGGAUCUUCUUGGCGAAUACGACUUUACGCCAUUUGAGACAUGGGAUGUUCUCAAGGCCGCAAGCUCCUCUGGGAGCGAGGAGCUGAUGAAGGCCCUGCUGGAAAAGAUAGAGGCCAAGGGGAAAAUACCUGACAACUUUGAGUGGCCGCCUGUUUUGAUCUAUCGGGCUGCCAAUCUGGGUCUAGAGGGGUUUGCCGAAAGAAUACUCAGUCUUGGAUGUCCCGCAGAUCCCGAUGUCGAUUGGAGAAACGAAACAUCCAUGCAAGCAUCCCCUCUAUAUCAGGCCGCAUGUCAUGGGCAUACAAAUACACUCCGAGUUCUGUUGAAGUAUGGCGCCAAUAUGGAGUACACCAGCCUGUCUGGAAGAAACCCGCUUCACAAGGCUGCCCUUGAAGGUCACACCGAGACUGUCAAAACCAUUUUGGAAGAGUCACAGGUCAACAUCGACUGUGCUUCCGAGUCAAACUUCACUCCCUUAUAUCUCGCAGUGCUUGGCGGUAACCACAGCACAGUGAAACUGCUAUUGGAGAAAGGUGCAGACCCAGAUAUGGGCAUCUUAGAUUCUCACGCUGGGGAUGAUCAGUGGACGCCUUUGCAUGCGGCGACUGAUGACGGUUUCAUGAAGUGCAUCAGGCUACUUCUAGACUACAGAGCCAAUCCAAACAUUCCUGGGCCGUCUGGACCUCCUUUACAUUGGGCAGUUACUCAUGCCCGCGUCGAUAUCCUCGAUAUGCUUCUCGAUGCUGGAGCUGAUCCCUUGACUAAAGUCCUUAAGAAGCCUCUCUUAGUCACGAGCGUCGGGUCCGAGCUAAGGGAAGCUGGUCUCGGUAUGCUGAAGAGACUUCUGGAGCUCAAACUAGACGUCAACUGUAAGGACGGUGAGGGUAGCACUCCGCUUGCCACUCUAAUAUACUCGUACGCAAACAAACCAGCGGGCGAAUCUGUCCAAAGAGACAAAGCCUUGAGAAUGCUGGUAGACCAUGCAGCUGACGUCAAUCUGGCCAGCGAUGACAUGUGGACACCAUUACAAUAUGCAGUCAUAAGGAAACAGUACAAUGCGGUCGAAAUGCUCCUGGAAACAGGUGCUGAUCCGAACAUAGCCUAUAAAGAGAACGAGGCACCAAUUUGCUCUGCGCUUGAGCAGUCCAAGAUAGCCCGCCUGUUACUCGACAAAGGUGCAAACCCCAACGUUGGUUUCUCCCGCGGAUUCACUCCCCUCACAUACGCUGCAUGCUUUGGUCACCAGGAUGCGGUGGAGGUUCUCCUUGAUUACGGAGCGACUGUUGAUCUUGAGUAUAGCUUUGGAGAUGACGAGCCUCUUAACGAUUGGCUUAAGGGCUGGACUCCUCUCAUGUGCGCUACAUUCCGAGGUCAUCAUGGAAUCGUUCGAAUGCUGGCUGAAGCUGGAGCGGAAAUGAGUCGACGAGACAAGGAGACAGGGAGGUCCAUCGUUCACCUUGCGUUAGUUGGCGGAACCCUUUCGACUAUCUUGGAAUUCCCUUCAAGGAUUGAUCUAAACGCGGUGGCAGAUAAUGGACUAGGAGUCCUUCACUAUCGUGAUCUUGAACUCACAGAGCUUAAGCAACUGGUCAACGCUGGAGCAGACAUUGAUAUAGGAGCCGGAGAGAGACUUACCCCUCUGCAAGUAUACGCUGGCUGCGACUUUGAAAAGUUGCAGUAUAUCGUCAAGCGUGGAGGGAAUGUCAAUCAUCAAUAUCAUUAUCAUGGCUCAGCCCUCCAUCAAGCUUGCAGAGCCGGUCAAUUUAACAUGAUCAAAUUCCUUAUUGAGCAUGGGGCAAACUUGAACCUAACCAAUGAAUAUCUGGGCACACCUUUACAAGCCCUAUUUAUUGCUGAAAAUCCAAUUGAUACGCUGGAGCAUGAAAGCAUGGUCUGCUAUCUCUUGUCAGGACACGAGAGCACACAUGCGGACAUCACAGUCAAAGCUGGUCUCUGGGGCUAUGCAAUCAACUCAGCUGCCUUUGGAAGUCUACCUCCCGUCAUAAACCUCAUUCUUGACCAGAAUAACGCUAAAGUCAACGUCGAGGACGACAUGGGUCGCAUGCCCAUGCAUUUUGCGGCCUAUAAUGGCUUGGCCAACUUUGAGGCGGUUCUGGAGCGAGGGGGUGACAUAUAUGCCAAGGAUAAACAGGGACGUACAGCGUUACACUGGGCUGCCCAGACAGGAAGACUCCAAGUUGUCAAGAAGAUCAUCUCACUUAUGGGUGCAGAGUUGGAUGUUGAUAUCCCAGAUAUUGAUGGUUGGACACCUCUUUGCUGGGCACCUCGUCACGGCUCAACACUCCUCAAGCCAGAAAAUGCAGGAGAACCAGCACUUAGUGCUGAUGUUGUGAGACUUCUCAUUCAGAAUGGGGCUAAGAGAGAUGUCAUAGUUAAACAGGGAGAAGAGACGUGGACUCCCCUGAGCAUUUCUCGCUAUCACAGAAGUGAUCCAGAUGUUGUAUCAUUACUGGAUAGUUGCGGUUCAACGGAUGCGGACGAUAGCGAGAACACGUCCGAAGUGGCAGAGAAGAAGUCGAAAGCUUCAUCAAGGCUAGGAGUGCAACAGGAAGAUUCCUCCUGUGAUUAUUGCUUAUCGCGCAUCUAUGGGGUGUAUUGGGUUUGCAAUACUUGCAAAUGGUUGUGCUUCUGCCAUAAAUGUUACCAGCACGCUGAUAUUCUUCAUCCGGGGCAUGACAACUUUACACAAAAUGGUGAAGAAGAAUUUGAGGGGGGUGAACAGGACGUUUCAGCAACAACCGCUUCUGGCUCCUCAGACACAUAUUCCACCUCUGAUUCUGACUCUGAUUCUGGUUCCAACCAUUCAGAAGCCGUGGAGGAUAAUGAGGAUAGUUCUUAG